CACUUACAUCCACAAAUUCAAUAGACUUAAAAGGUUUGCUAUCUGCAUAUGUGAGUGAGUGAGUGAUAUCUAGAUUUGAGCAACAAAAAAGAUGAUGAAAAAUCUCAGCCUGAAAAUAAAGCUUCAGCUUCCAAAUUCCAUAAACCCUUCAUGUUCUCUUUUUACUCCAAAAACCCCUCAAUUAAGUCUCAAACCCAUCAAAGUAUUAGGAAUCAAAAACUUGAAACACCCAUCAUCAAAACUUGCAAUAAAACUUAGAGAACAAACACCAACAUUGGAGGAUGUACAAAGAGCACAAUCAAUGAAACUUGCAGUUCUUGAAAAUGAGAAGAAAUCAAGAAUUGUGAUAAUAGGAGCUGUUUCUGUAGGAAUUUUGUUGCUUCUAAGUGGAAUGGAUGAACAAAAGGCAUUGGCUUUGGGACCUGAAGGGCCACUUGUGGAAGAGUUUUGGGACAACGUGAGAAGGUAUGGAUUGUAUGCAUUAACUGUUAGUACAGGUGCCAUUUACACAAUCAUGGUGCCUAUAUUUGAGCUUCUCAAGAAUCCAAUUACUGCAAUUCUCAUCCUUGUUAUUUUUGGAGGUGGCUUUUACAUUGUUUCUCAAGUUCUUUCUGCUAUGGUUGGUGUUUCUGAUUUUAGUUACGAUUAUGCAAACUAGAUAUAGUUUAAUUUGAUACAUAGAUUGCUCCAACUUCUUCAUAAAUUUGUUUGGUUUGUACUAUAGUAAACUUGUUAAAAGUCCUAUAUCGAAUUGAAUGAGAUAUAAAGUCUUUUGAAAA